UCCCCCCAUAAAAAAAUCCGGUGACCACUGGAUCGCCACCAACCGCUGCCAUAACACAUGCUUCGGAACCUCCGAACGCGGCGGCGUCCGCUUUACGGCGCUCACAUUUGCGCCUUAGCCGCCGCGAUUCUCCUCCUGCUUUCGGUUUCGCUCCUCUACAGUCGCCUCAACUUCUUCCUCCAACCUAACAAUCACCACCCGCACCCCCUCUCAUACGACACCAUUUCACUGAACAAUCCUCUCGUCGACGAUUUAGCCGACGCUGAUUACCGCUCAUCUGACGACCGCAUCGACGAGCUCGACGUUGCUGACAAUAGCAACAACAAUAACGAUGAUGAGCUCCUCUUAUCCAACGAAUCCGAAGAGGACGACGAAGAACUCAUCAACCAGUAUCCUAGGGUUUCCUCUACGUAUUUCUACGACCAGAGGCACGGAGUUGUACGGAGAGCGUUUAACAAACGAUCGAUUGAGGAAUGGGAGGAUUACGUUAAUUUCGAAUCGAGGAUGAAGGUAGGAUUAGGGUUUAAGAGUGAUGAAUCUAAGGCCGCGUUUGGAUCUGAUGAUUUUCCAGUGGAUGUGCAAAUGAGAAUGAAAUUGAGUGAGAUUAAGAGUGUUGAAGAUGCUUUGUUACUAAAAGGAUCACCUUUGAGGGAAGGGUGGGGUGAGUGGUUUGAAAAGAAGAGUGAUUUUUUGAGGCGGGAUCGGAUGUUCAAGUCGAAUUUGGAGGCGUUAAAAUACAAGUAUUCCGUGGCAAAAGUAUAUAAAGGAUGUAAGGUAUAUUCUCUUCUGUCUACCAUAGGGCCAAGAUUCACUUUCUUGUACGUCUUUUGCAGUCCUUUUAUAAUGGAGUGUUUGAAGGAGUUUUAUGCCUCUUAUGACGACGCACAAUUGAGGUGGAAUGGAGCUGAUCUUCUGACAAGAGUUGCUAGUAACUUUUCUGGCAAUGAUAAUCUCUCCGAUAGAACGAUGGAGGUCAAGUUUCAACCCUCUUUUCUUAUCUUCCCUAUCGGUCAUAAUAAUAUUACCAGAUAUUUCUCAGCACCAGCAACGGAGAGUGAGAAAGCUGAACAAGAUAUGCUAUUUAAAACUAUCCUCAAAGAAGCAGUCACAUUUCACUUUUGGAAUGGCUUAACUUCAGCUAUGGUUCCAGAGCCUGAGAGCCUUGCAUACCAGAUCAUUAAUUACAAUUGCCUACAUUGCUCUGAAGAAUUGUGAAUCACUUGCAAAACCAUUAAAGCAGAUAGAUGGCCUUAUAAAACAUUUUAGUUUCAUGCCAUUAGAUACCUCACAGCUUUUAAAGAGAUUCGAAAGAGUGUCAGUUAUGAAGAUGUACAUUCGAAACAUGUUGUUUUCCAUGAAGAAAGGCCAAAUAAACAUGAAUCUAUAGUUGGUUGAAGGCUUCUGGACCUCGUGUUGUUAGUCUAUUAGUUGGUGUAGAUUCUCUCAAAGGAGGAUUAAGAGAUCCCACUUUUUAUAGCUGAGAUCUUUUUGUAUAUUUGUUUCCCUUUGAUUUUUGUAGUUCUCACUUCAUCGAUGAUUCUCUUAGUUUAAUCCAAUGUUUUGUACAACUAUUUGUAGCCAUUGACAACACAACAAUCAUAUAUUUUUGUGAUGUUUCUUUUAAAUUA